CACCAAACGUUUAAUCGUUGAUGUAAUCCGCUUCCAACCAGGGGAGACACUGACUGAAAUCUUGGAAACUCCAGCUACCUCAGAGCAAGAAGCAGAGCAUCAGAGAGCUAUGCAGAAACGGGCCAUUCGUGAUGCUAAAACUCCUGAUAAGAUGAAAAAAUCUGUGUCUGUAAAGGAAGAUGGCAACUUAAAUCUUCAAGAAAAAAAAGAUAAAAUCAAGACAGGCCUGAAGAAGUUAACAGAACUGGGGACAGUGAACGCAAAAAAUAAAUACCAGGAAUUAAUCAAUGACAUUGCGAAGGAUAUCCGAAAUCAGCGUAGAUACCGUCAGAGAAGAAAGGCGGAACUGGUGAAGCUGCAGCAGACAUACAGCGCCUUGAACUCCAAAGCUACUUUUUAUGGGGAACAAGUGGAUUAUUACAAAAGCUACAUCAAAACUUGCUUGGAUAACCUGGCCAGUAAGGGCAAAGUCUCUAAGAAACCUAGGGAGAUGAAAGGGAAAAACAGUAAAAAGAUUUCUCUAAAAUAUACAGCAGCUCGACUUCAUGAGAAGGGAGUGCUUUUAGAGAUUGAGGACCUGCAAGGUAACCAGUUUAAAAACGUGAUAUUUGAAAUCAGUCCAACAGAUGAAGUAGGAGAUUUCGAGGUAAAAGCAAAAUUCAUGGGGGUACAGAUGGAAACCUUUAUGUUACAUUAUCAGGAUCUUUUGCAGCUGCAGUACGAAGGUGUUGCGGUCAUGAAAUUGUUUGACAGAGCGAAAGUGAAUGUCAACCUUCUGAUCUUUCUUCUGAAUAAGAAAUUUUAUGGGAAGUAA